AUGAAAAUAGCAGCAAGGUCAAUUCUUGAAGCUGUAAAGGCAUUUAAUGAUAUGGAUGGCCAAGGCCCGGCCGUGCACACUGUGAUUCCCUCUGGCGCCGAUACCAAAAGUCGUGCCCAAGGCUUGUCAAUUCGUGCUCCUGAGAUAUGGAAGGGUGUAGCGCCCACCCCUGCAUGUGAUGUAUGGUCUGUAGGGGUUACCCUCGCCCAUUUCCUUGCAGCUGGGCCUUUGUUUGGUAUUGUGGACAAGACCUCUCGGAUUCAGUCAGUGCCCCUUGAGACCAGCCAAGCUGCAUGGGCUAUUGGCAAGAUCAUCCAGAUCAUUGGACCGAUCAAACGAGAUGAAAACCCAAGAUACAAGGAAGAAUUUGAUUAUGCAGAAGGUUUAGUGGAAAUGGGUAUAAUUAAUAUGGGCCCCUUGGAAGAAGAAUUGUCGAAAACUGGUGCUCCUAAAGACUGCAUUGAAUUCAUAAAGUAUCUCUUGACCUUGGAUCAUGAGCAACGACCGACGGCAGCGCAGGCACUGCAGCAUCCAUGGUUAAAUAUACAUGACUGA